CCAGAGUUUGUGGCGCUCGAGGUUCCGGGGCAUACUGGGUCCUCACGGGGGCACCUCUGGGAGAGUGAGCCUGCGAAUACAGGCCUCUCCCGGGUCCGGCUCCGGCUCCGGCUCCGGCUCCACAUCUGUGAGCCUCCAGCCCAACCCAGGUGCGCGGUAGGGAGGUCGCGACUGUGUCGCGUAAAGCCCCGCACGGCCGCGAGGUGGCGCCAUAGCUGCAGCAGCGCGUGCCGGCCCGGGCCGCUCCAGAUAAGAGUGUGCGGAAAGCGCGGCGGGGCUGAGACGCGACCAGGACGCGGGGAGGACGGACCAGCAGGACAGACCGACCGGGGCCCCGGCGGGCGGAGGGCAGCACAGCCACGUCCCCCCUGGAUCCGCCGGCAGCCGGGCCCGGGGCUUCCGACAUGCCCCCCAGGAGAGUGUGCUGGGCAGACGAUGCUGGACACGAUGGAGGCGCCGGGCCACUCGAGGCAGCUGCUGCUGCAGCUCAACAACCAGCGCACCAAGGGGUUCUUGUGCGACGUGAUCAUCGUGGUGCAGAACGCCCUCUUCCGCGCGCACAAGAACGUGCUGGCGGCCAGCAGCGCCUACCUCAAGUCCUUGGUGGUGCAUGACAACCUGCUCAACCUGGACCAUGACAUGGUGAGCCCGGCGGUGUUCCGCCUGGUGCUGGACUUCAUCUACACCGGCCGCCUGGCUGAUGGCGCAGAGGCGGCGGCGGCGGCGGCCGUGGCCCCGGGGGCUGAGCCGAGCCUGGGCGCCGUGCUGGCCGCCGCCAGCUACCUGCAGAUCCCCGACCUCGUGGCGCUGUGUAAGAAGCGCCUCAAGCGCCACGGCAAGUACUGCCACCUGCGGGGCGGCGGCGGCGGCGGCGGCGGCUACGCACCCUACGGGAGGCCGGGCCGGGGCCUUCGGGCCGCCACGCCCGUCAUCCAGGCUUGCUACUCGUCCCCGGCUGGGCCUCCGCCGCCGCCCUCGGGCGAGCCGUCUUCGGGCCCCGAGGCCGCUGUGAACACCCACUGCGCGGAGCUGUACGCCUCGGGCCCCGGCCCGGCCUCCGCACUCUGCGCCCCGGAGCGCCGCUGCUCCCCGCUCUGCGGCCUGGACCUGUCCAAGAAGAGCCCGCCGGGCUCCGCGCCUCCUGAGCGGCCGCCGGGCGAGCGCGACCUGCCCUCCCGCCCAGACAGCCCUCCCAGUGCCGGCCCCGCUGCCUACAAGGAGCCACAGCUCGCCCUGCCGCCGCUGCCGCCGCUGCCCUUCCAGAAGCUGGAGGAGGCCGUACCGCCGCCGGACCCGUUCCGUGGCGGCGGCGGCAGCCCGGGACCCGAGCCCCCGGGCCGCCCCGACGGGCCCAGCCUCCUCUACCGCUGGAUGAAGCACGAGCCAGGCCUGGGCAGUUACGGCGACGAGCUGGGCCGGGAGCGCGGCUCCCCCAGCGAGCGCUGUGAGGAGCGCGGCGGGGACCCAGCCGCCUCGCCCGGGGUACCCCCGCUGGGCCUGGCGCCGCCGCGCUACCAGGGCAGCCUGGACGGGCCAGGCGCGGGCGGCGACGGCGACGACUACAAGAGCAGCAGCGAGGAGACAGGCAGCAGCGAGGACCCCAGCCCUCCAGGCGGCCACCUCGAGGGCUACCCGUGCCCGCACCUGGCUUACGGCGAGCCCGAGAGCUUCGGCGACAACCUGUACGUGUGCAUCCCGUGCGGCAAGGGCUUCCCCAGCUCGGAGCAGCUGAAUGCACACGUGGAAGCUCACGUGGAGGAGGAGGAGGCGCUGUAUGGCAGGGCCGAGGCGGCCGAGGUAGCCGCGGGGGCCGCCGGCUUGGGGCCCCCUUUUGGAGGCAGUGGGGACAAGGUCGCUGGGGCUCCGGGCGGCCUGGGCGAGCUGCUGCGGCCGUACCGCUGCGCGUCGUGCGACAAGAGCUACAAGGACCCGGCCACGCUGCGGCAGCACGAGAAGACGCACUGGUUGACCCGGCCCUAUCCGUGCACCAUCUGCGGGAAGAAGUUCACGCAGCGCGGAACCAUGACGCGCCACAUGCGCAGCCACCUGGGUCUCAAGCCCUUCGCGUGCGACGCGUGCGGCAUGCGCUUCACGCGCCAGUACCGCCUCACCGAGCACAUGCGCAUACACUCGGGCGAGAAGCCCUACGAGUGCCAGGUGUGCGGCGGCAAGUUCGCGCAGCAACGCAACCUCAUCAGCCACAUGAAGAUGCACGCCGUGGGUGGCGCGGCAGGCGCAGCUGGGGCUCUGGCGGGGUUGGGGGGGCUACCCGGCGUCCCCGGCCCCGACGGCAAGGGCAAGCUCGACUUCCCCGAGGGCGUCUUUGCUGUGGCCCGACUCACGGCAGAACAGCUGAGCCUGAAGCAGCAGGACAAGGCAGCCGCGGCCGAGCUGCUGGCGCAGACCACGCACUUCCUGCACGACCCCAAGGUGGCGCUCGAGAGCCUCUACCCGCUGGCCAAGUUCACCGCGGAGCUGGGCCUCAGCCCGGACAAGGCGGCCGAGGUGCUGAGCCAGGGAGCGCACCUGGCCGCGGGACCCGACGGCCGGACCAUCGACCGUUUUUCCCCCACCUAGAGCGCCUCCUGCCGGCCCGCCUCGUCGCCGCCGCGUGGCCCCGGCCCGCGUCCCCGGGGAACGGCGGUGGCAGCGCGAGCAGGCACCCCGCGCCCGGACAACUGUAGUAGCAGCGGCAGCAUCGCCGCAGUGGCGGCGGCCCCACCUGGCCUCACUGCUUUGUGCCUUAGCCCGGGGGUGGGGGUGGGGGUGAAACCCCGGGACGGGGGUGGGAUGGGGGAAGGGAGAUUUAUAUUUUUGAUAUCAGCUUUGACCAAAGGAGACCCCCGCCCUUCUCCGCCUCUUCCUGUGGUUCGUCGGCCCCCUCCCCCGGCUCCGUGCUGCUCUUGGAGGGAGGGGUGUCACUGUUGGGGCGCUCCCGGCCCUACCUCCGGCCCUUGCGACCACACCCAUUCUCACUGUGAAUCUCCCCGCUGGGGUCGGAGCGUCGGGCAGAGUUAGGGAGCGGGGAGGGGACUGAGCCGGCCGGAGGGCCCCCCACCCCCUGCUCCCGCCCGCCCCGGGACUGAUAAUGUGAAGUUCCUCAUUUUGCACAAGUGGCACUAGCCCCAGGGCCAACCCUUCCCUCCCUCUGGAGUCAGAGGGCUGAGACAGCCCUGGCCUACCGGUCUCCCACUCCCGCAGUGUCCUCCCCAUCCCUCCUUUCCCUGGGGCCCCGGACCAUAUUUAUUGCAUGCGCCCCGGGCGGCCCCCCACCCGGAGCCCAGGCUGGGCUGGGCUGGAAUGUGGUCUCUUUAGCUCCCUCCUCCCCGUUUGUAUAUUUCCUACCUUGUACACAGGCUCUUCCAGAGCCGCUUCCAUUUUCUAUACUCGAACCAAACAGCAAUAAAGCAGUAACCAAGGAC